AUGGCAGUUUCUUACCAUGUUCGCUCUAACAGCUUCCCCUCAAGACAACACCCUCAAGCCGCUCAUGUCGAUGAGCAAUUGAACCGAUUGAGAUCUUCUGAGGCAGCUUCUUCAUCUUCAAGCUCUUCCAUCUGCCAAAGACUUAGCAGCCUUCAAGAUUUACAUGAUUCUCUUGACAAGAUGCUUCGCUUGCCCAUCACCCACACAACUUUAUCUCAACAACAGAUUGAGAAGCUUCUUGAUGGAUCUAUCAAGAUCUUGGAUUUAUGCAACAUUGCAAAGAAUGGUUUGUCACAAAUGAAAGAGAGUCUCAAGGAGAUCCAAUCGAUUGUAAGAAGAAAGCGUGGAGAUCUAUCGGCUGAGGUCAAGAAAUACUUAGCCUCAAGGAAGUUGCUCAAGAAAUCAUUCCAAAUUGUACUCAAGAAUUUCAAAGCCUGCCAAAACAAAAACAACAACGCCGAGUCUUUGGCUGUGUUUGGAGAAGCAGAAACUGUAACAGUUGCUCUGUUUGAAUCUCUAUUUAGCUUCAUGUCUGGAUCAAAGGCUUGUGGCAAAUGGUCACUCGUCUCAAUGAUGAUGAGCCAGAACAAAGUUACAUGUGAAGAUGAAGCCAAUGAAUUCACAAGAGUGGACUUGGAGUUCCAAUCCGAGAAGUCUUUGAAGGUGGAAGAUGUGCAGAUCCUAGAGUCAUGCAUUCAAGAUCUUGAAGAUGGAAUUGAGUCACUCUCUAAAUCAUUGAUCAAAUACAGAGUCUCGAUUCUUAACAUGUAA